GUCUUCUCUUCAGAAACGGAAGUUGAAGAUCGCUCUUUUUCCGGCAUCUGCCAGUCGAUUACAGUAGACACAUUUUCGCUCUGCGGAAAUAAAACUUUAUUAAAAUGUCGCUCGUGAUUCCAGAGAAGUUCCAGCACAUUCUUCGUGUGCUCAGCACCAACAUCGACGGUAAGCGUACCGUUCCGAUUGCGCUGACUGCCAUCAAGGGUGUCGGUCGCCGUUAUGCCCACGUCGUUCUGAAGAAGGCCGAUGUCGACCCAUUCAAGCGCGCCGGAGAGUGCUCCGAUGAGGAGGUUGAGAAGAUCAUCACCAUCAUCUCGAACCCCCGCCAGUACAAGAUCCCAGAUUGGUUCCUGAACAGACAGAAGGAUAUCAUCGAUGGCAAGUACUCUCAGCUGACCUCCUCGAACGUUGAUUCCAAACUGCGUGAGGAUCUGGAACGACUGAAGAAGAUCCGUGCCCACCGUGGUCUGCGUCACUACUGGGGCCUGCGUGUGCGCGGUCAGCACACCAAGACCACCGGUCGUCGUGGACGUACCGUUGGUGUGUCCAAGAAGAAGUAAGCUCUUGGGCCCAGGAGAAGGAAGUUGCUGGUCUUCGGGAGUGUGUAUUUGUAUAGUUUUUCGAUACAAAGAAGUGGGAGAAAACUGUGUGCGAUCGUUUAUUCGGCGCUAUCGGUUUGUGCUGCGAUAUGUUAAAAAUGGAUUUGCAAAUUCGAUGGAGACGAAUAAAUGGUUGAAAAGAUGAAGGAAAGCUGUU